CCCAAAAUCCACCAAAAAUGAAAUUCUGGGUUUAGGGUUUUAAUCCAGUGCUCUGCAACUCCACUCACUUCACUCUGCCUUACGAUUUGGGAUUGUCCUCCAGGGUUUUCACAAUGAUGUACGGUGAUCCACAACAGCAGCAGAACCAGCCGCCGCCGUCCCAAGGUGGGGAGUUCCCAAGAGGUCCUCCCCCGCCGCCCCCGCAAAUGAUGCGGCAGCCCUCAGCUUCUUCCACUACUCUGAACUCGGAGUAUCACCACCCUGCUCCUCCUCAGAUUCCGCCUUAUGACGCUCAUGGUGACAACUUUGCUGCAAAAAGAAUGAGAAAGCUGACCCAAAGGAGAGCUGUUGAUUAUACAAGCACUGUUGUGCGAUAUAUGCAGAUUCGCAUGUGGCAACGAGAUUCACGGGACAGGACAGUAUUGCAGCCUACUCCAGCAGCAGCAAUUGAUGUGUUGCCCACAGCUGCCUAUAUAGAUAAUCCAUCCACCAGCUUUGCUGCCAAAUUUGUUCAUACAUCUCUAAACAAAAAUCGGUGUUCAAUAAAUCGUGUUUUGUGGACUCCCACGGGCAGACGUCUCAUCACAGGUUCUCAGAGUGGGGAAUUUACUCUAUGGAAUGGACAGUCAUUUAAUUUUGAAAUGAUUCUUCAGGCCCAUGAUCAAGCUAUCAGGUCUAUGGUAUGGAGUCACAAUGACAACUGGAUGGUUUCUGGUGAUGAUGGGGGUGCAAUAAAGUAUUGGCAGAAUAACAUGAAUAAUGUUAAGUUCAAUAAAUCUGCUCACAAAGAAUCAGUUCGUGACUUAAGUUUCUGUAGGACAGAUUUAAAGUUUUGUUCCUGUUCUGAUGACACUACUGUAAAAGUGUGGGACUUUGCCCGGUGCCAGGAGGAGCGUUCUUUAACUGGCCAUGGUUGGGAUGUGAAAAGUGUUGAUUGGCACCCUACAAAAUCCUUACUGGUUUCAGGUGGAAAAGACAACCUCGUGAAACUUUGGGAUGCUAAGACAGGGAGAGAGCUUUGCUCAUUUCAUGGCCACAAAAACACAGUACUUUGUGUCAAAUGGAACCAAAAUGGUAAUUGGGUGUUGACUGCUGCAAAGGAUCAAAUCAUCAAGCUUUAUGACAUCAGGGCUAUGAAGGAGCUUGAAUCUUUCCGAGGCCACCGAAAGGAUGUGACUGCAUUGGCUUGGCACCCAUUCCAUGAAGAAUACUUUGUCAGUGGGAGUUUUGAUGGAUCCAUUUUCCAUUGGCUUGUUGGGCAUGAAACUCCCCAGGUUGAAAUUCCCAAUGCCCAUGAUAAUAGCGUGUGGGAUAUUGCCUGGCAUCCUAUUGGAUAUCUUCUAUGCAGUGGUAGCAAUGAUCACACGACAAAGUUUUGGUGCAGAAAUAGGCCUGGAGAUACUGCUCGUGAUAAAUUUAGCAUGGGUCAGAACCAAGGCUAUGGUGAGCAAAACCCUGCACUAGCUGGUCGUAUGCCUGGUAAUUUUGCAGCACCUGAAGGUCCAACAACUCCGGGACCAUAUGCUGCUGGAUUGACUCGAAAUGAGGGAACAAUUCCCGGUGUUGGAGUUCCGAUGCCAUUAUCAGUUCCAACUCUUGAUGGAUCUGCUCAGGGGGACCAAAAGCAGCCUCUUCCAGGUUCCAUGCCUUUUGGAGCUCCACCUCUUCCUCCCGGUCCACAUCCAUCUCUUCUUGUUGCCAAUCAGCAGCAGGGAUAUCAACAAAAUCCUCAACAGAUGCAACAACAGCAAAUGCCUCCUAUGCAAAUGGCACCUCCAAAUAUGUCACAGCUACAGCCUCCAUCUCAUAUGCCCCUGCUUCCACAUCCUCAUUUACAACGCCCUCCACCGCAAAUGCCUCCAAUUGGUAUGCCUUCACCUGUCCCAUCCUCAAUGCCAGGAUCUUUGCCUCCACCUUCAUCAAUGCCAACAUCACAUCAAAUGCCAAUGCCCGGUCCAAUGGGUAUGCAAGGUACAAUGAAUCAGAUGCCUCCUCCAAUGCCACAAGGCCAUUUUAUGGGCAUGAAUCCAAUGCACUCAGGAUCCCUGCCGAACAGUGGUGCCCCUACAGUUGGAGGUUUUCCAAAUGGUAUGCAAAAUAUGCAAGGACCAGCAAAUGCGGGUGGAGGCCAAAUGUAUCCACAGGGUGGUGCAUUCAAUCGUGCACAGGGUGGACAGAUGCCAAUGAUGCCAGGGUUCAAUCCUUACCAGUCUGGUGGUCAGUCUGGUCUGCCGCCUCCACCACCACCAGGUCCCCCACCUCAUGGUCAAACACCGCAGUAGACUUAAGGUAGAAGAACAUUAUACAGUCAUGCUGCCAUCCGACUGAGUGGAAAGCAUUGUGUCUCCUGUGUAUUCCUUUUAGUUUUUUUUUUUUAAAUUAUUUUUGGCUUCCUUAAUAUUGACAUUUUCUUUGGACUUGCUGGAACAGUCAUUGAGAUGGCAUCACUAAGCAAAUGGUUUUUGUUGAUUUUUGCUAAAAUGUAUAUUUAAAGAAUGCUUGAAAGCUUAAUUCUCAUUUUGCCUGAGCUUUUCUACUUUGUAUAUACUUUUGGCAGCUUAAGUUCC